AUUUGCGUUAUGGUGCCCGUGUCAACGAAAUGUGAUAAUAGUUACUAUUAAAUAGUGAGACGAUAGAGAUUAAAUAUACUUAUUUUAUUAUAAAAACUUAUUUUUUUAAUUCUUAAUCAGUCAUUUUGCACUUAAUUUGAGACAUUUCAAACAAACUCAAGUACCGGCUAGAUAAGUAUAAAUACGUAAACAAAACGAAGACGCGUGCGCUGGUAGCGGACGUUUUUUCGACGACACUGUUCCAUCCAUGUGACGAACAAUCGUGUAGUGUUUGACAGAAAUAUUAAGUUUUUUUAUUUUAAUAUUUACUUUCAAAUAAAAUGAAUCCAUUUAGCUCACAGUUAGUCAAAGACGCAGCGUCGGUAUGGAAAGUAAUGAACGGAGUUUUUUCCAUUUACAAACCUCCCGGUUUACAUUUUGAACAAAUGAAGGAAACAAUUAUGAGAAAUAUUUGUAGAGAUUUGAACCAACUAAAACCAUAUGAACGUCAAAAAUAUGUUGAUAUCAAGGGAUCAACUCAAACAAAGAUGUCUGUUGUAGUAAGAGAUAGUUAUGCAGAUCAUCCACUUAUAGCUGGACCUCAGUAUGUUCUUGAAGAUUUGAAAUUCACUUAUGCUAAUAAAUUAAGUCAGGAAAGUUCAGGUGUCAUAGUUUGCGGCAUAAACCAUGGUUCACAAAUCAUUCAACAACUUAGAGAGGCACGCCUCACAAAAUUUUACAAAAUAAGAGGUAUUCUGGGACAAGCUAGAAUUGGAAAUUUUGCUACAGGAAAACUUACUCACAAAGCUACUUGGAAAAGAAUAAGAAGGCAUGGUAUUGAUGCAGUAUGUGCCUAUAUGCAAGCAGAUCACCAGAAGAAAAUGUUUCAAAUGGCUGGAGUAGAUAUUAGAACUCAAGAAGCAUAUGAUCUGGCUACUCAAGGUAUUAUACGUACUGGAGAUGCUAAAAUUCCUAUGAUUUACUCUAUCAAAUGUGUUGACUUUCAACCACCAGAAUUUACAUUAGAAAUGGUUUGUUUAACUGAAGAUGAUGAUUACUUAAAAUCAAUUGUUGCUGAAUUGGGUUAUAAACUUCAUAGUUUUGCUCAUUGUAGUUAUAUGCAAUGCACUCAGUUUGGCCUUUUUAAUGUACGAGAUGCAUUAUUAACAAAAAAUUGGAAUUUACAAGAAAUAUUGGACAGUAUGUCAUUGAAUCGCCAACUCCUUUUAGAAAAUCCUCAUAUGUUGGACCCACAUGACCCCAAAAAUGCACAUCUUCAACUCAAGUCAGAUGCUAAUAACAAUGCUUAAACGUGGAAAAAUAUGUAUAUAUGUA